GGGGGAGGGGGCUUGUGUGGGAGAAACCAGGAAGAGAAAUGGUAUGAAUGUAUUUGACAACUUGAACCUCAUGUAGCCUGAAUAGCUAGUGUCUAUUUGACGAAUACAUUUUACUCGACACAACGGAGACCCACUUUAUGUCAAAGUGAAAUAAAAAUUUAGAACGAUAACCCCAGCUUUGAAACGAAAAAGGUUAAAGUUCACAGGAAGCUGGGGGGCUACCAUUUUUCACUGCUGCUUACAUUUUAGAUGCUAGAGAGGGAGGGGUGGUCGUCGUGGUUUUAUUUAAUUUCUCCAGACUAUUGAGCUGUACACGUUUUUUUUUUGUUUCGCCACCCCUACUCACUACCAAUUGAUGUUGAAUGAAUUCGGCAUGGAGAGAAUAGCGGAGCAGUCGUGGAAUUCUUCAUACACCUAUCAGGUGAGCAAGCAUAGCGCGGAGAUGCUACACAACCUCAACAUUCAGAGGAAAGAUGGAGGCAAGUUUUGCGAUGUGAUCUUGCGCGUCGGCGAAGAGAGCUUUCCUGCCCACAAGGCGGUACUGGCGGCGUGCAGCGAGUAUUUCGAGUCCGUUUUUGGUUGUCAAACGGAGGGCGACGGGGAGGCAAAAGAGCUCGAGAUGCAUACGAUAAGUCCCAAAGUUUUUAAAGAUAUUUUGGACUUUGCCUACACCUCUAGGAUUGUGGUACGAUUGGAAUGUUUCCCCGAGUUGAUGACGGCUGCUAAAUUUCUGCUAAUGCGUUCUGUCAUCGAGAUAUGCCAAGAAGUAAUCAAACAGUCCAAUGUAAAAAUUCUUGUUCCACCCUCAAGAAGAGGCGACGUCAGUUUAUUCCGUGCCACGGGGGGCUCUGAAUUUAGUUUCACAUUGGCUGUAGACAACUUGUCAAAUGGGAAUGGCUUGUUUACCAACAAUGGGCAGACGCAUAAUGUGGAUGGAAAUCGGGCAAAUGAUACAGUCAUGUCGGAUGUCAGCCCCCAGUCCUCUAUGCCAGUCCUGCAGCCCGUGUCUCCAUCAGAGAUGACGGCCAACCCGUUCCAAGAAGAGGGCUCUUCGGGUUCCAGGAGAGGCAGGGGGCGACCAAAGAAGGGGACAGUCAUGGAACCUAUUCAUUACAAUAUCAGCACCUCUGACGUUAAAGAAGACAUUGAGCAGAUAUUUCCUUGUGGAAUAUGUGGCAAGGCAUUUACAGAGGCUGUGCGGUUGAGAAACCACGAAGCGCAGCAUGGAGCGUCCAGCCAUGGCGCGAGUAGCGGCGACGGCUUGUCUGGCGAGGGAGGCCCUACCUCGAUAUCGCACUCUGGUCAGCCCGGUCUGUUGGAGAAUGGCAUGCCAUUGCAUGGAGGAGUAGGCAUAGAAAACAGCCGUAAGCGCGAGAGGACGAGACGUCACGUUGGCUGUGACAUUUGUGGGAAGGUGUUCCGGGAUGUCUACCACCUGAACCGACACAAGUUGUCUCAUUCUGGGGAAAAGCCAUAUGCUUGCCAUGUCUGUGGCCUGCGGUUCAAGCGCAAGGACAGGAUGUCAUACCAUGUCCGGUCACAUGAUGGAUCUGUGGGUAAACCCUACCUCUGUCAAAGCUGUGGAAAGGGGUUUUCCAGGCCAGACCAUCUGAAUGGACACAUCAAGCAGGUUCACACAACAGAGAGACCCCAUAAGUGCCAGAUUUGUAAUGCUUCCUUUGCUACAAGAGAUCGCCUGCGGUCCCACCUAGCUUGUCACGAGGACAAGAUCCCCUGCCAGAUGUGUGGGAAGUACCUCCGGGCUGCGUACAUGACCGACCAUCUCAAGAAACACAGUGAAGGACCUCACAACUACUGUGGUAUAUGCAACAAAGACGGACAGGAGAAUGCUGGAAAAUGCCCCCAUCAAGGAGAAUCUGAGGGAGAUGAGCCGUUGUUCGGGGAUCUGUCCAACGGCGACGAAAUUAAGUCUACGCACAAGUCUGAGGAAGAGGAGCUUGGGAUGCCGUUUGACUGCAACGGAGCCUCUACCGAUGCUGUGGGAGGGUCGCCACCAGGUGCCGUUAAAGCCAAGACCAGCCAGGACUCUCCAGUGAAGAAGUUCCCUUGCAGCGAGUGCACCCAGACCUUCCGCACCAAGUCUUACCUCAAUAAGCACGUCAACAGAGUGCACCAUCAUGGGGUCCAGAAGAGUCUAGUGGUGAGUGUAGGGUCGGGGUCAGGUCUGGGGGAGCUGGGUCCUUCCCUGGGCUCACCCUUCUCCCCUCAACAGAACAUGUCUCUGCUGGAGUCAUUUGGCUUCCAGAUCGUCCAGUCUGCCUUUGCCUCGUCGCUGGUGGACUCUGAGGCAGGACAUAGUGGGAUGGAGCUGGGGGGGAAGUGACCUGUAGCUCAGUGGGGGGGAAGUGACCAAUAGGUUAAUGUGGGGGAAAGUGAACCUAGAUUUGUGCUGGAAAUUUGCCCUAGUUAGGUCUGUUCAGCCUAUCAGAUGUAAGGGAAUGGCAUUGUCUAUAGACUGCUCUUGACGUUGUCUAUAGACUGCUCUUGACGUUGUCUAUAGACUGCUCUUGACGUUGUCUAUAGACUGCUCUUGACGUUGUCUAUACACUGCUCUUGACGUUGUCUAUACACUGCUCUUGACGUUGUCUAUAGACUGCUCUUGACGUUGUCUAUAGACUGCUCUUGACGUUGUCUAUAUACUGCUCUUGACGUUGUCUAUAGACUGCUCUUGGACGUUGUCUAUAGACUGCUCUUGACAUUGUCUAUAGACUGCUCUUGACGUUGUCUAUAGACUGCUCUUGACGUUGUCUAUAGACUGCUCUUGACGUUGUCUAUAGACUGCUCUUGACGUUGUCUAUACACUGCUCUUGACGUUGUCUAUAGACUGCUCUUGACGUUGUCUAUAGACUGCUCUUGACGUUGUCUAUAGACUGCUCUUGACGUUGUCUAUAGACUGCUCUUGACGUUGUCUAUAGACUGCUCUUGACGUUGUCUAUAGACUGCUCUUGACGUUGUCUAUAGACUGCUCUUUGUGUUGUCUAUAGACUGCUCUUUGUGUUGUCUAUAGACUGCUCUUGACGUUGUCUAUACACUGCUCUUGACGUUGUCUAUAGACUGCUCUUGACGUUGUCUUUAGACUGCUCUUGACGUUGUCUAUAGACUGCUAUUGACGUUGUGUAUAGACUGCUCUUGACGUUGUCUAUAGACUGCUCUUGACGUUGUCUAUAGACUGCUCUUGACGUUGUCUAUAGACUGCUCUUGACGUUGUCUUUUGACUGCUCACGACGUUGUCUUUUGACUGCUCUUGGCGUUGUCUAUAGACUGCUCUUGGCGUUGUCUAUAGACUGCUCUUGACGUUGUCUAUAGACUGCUCUUGACGUUGUCUAUAGACUGCUCUUGACGUUGUCUAUACACUGCUCUUGGCGUUGUCUAUAGACUGCUCUUGACGUU